AUGACUUGUGCUAGAAUGAAUGAAUUCAACAAGAAAUUUAACACUUCGUUUCAAAUUUAUAAUCCCAAAAACAGACAUUUUCACCCCAGAGACGUUCACGAUGAAUUAGAUUGGGUUUUGUACUUACACAACUCGCAUUUCUGUUUGAUUAGAAGAAGCCAAAAAAGUUUGGGAAUUCAAGAAAUAGAAGAUAAUUACGAACAGGUGUGGAAAACGUGUAGAGACGACAACGCAAUAACACAGGUUUCACCCCUCAAACUAAACGUGCUUUCGAGUAUGAGUGAUGAUGCGUUAUUCGCUUGGGAUUGCGAAACGUAUUCAGAAAAAGACACGCGAAGAGCAAUUCCUUAUGCCUGCACUUUAAUUAAUUUAGAAAAACUAAGGAAAAUGUUAAACAGAAUAAAUAAUCUAUUUCCAGAUUUAAAGCCUACAGAUCCCAUUCCAGAAGAAUUUUAUGAUAAACUAAUGAAUGUAGUAGAAAUAUUUGUAGGUACAGAUUGCAUCGAUCAAAUGUUGAAAUAUUUAGGUCAAUAUGAUAGAAAGAGAUUAAUAUUAAUUUCUCAUAACGGCAGUGGAUUCGACAACUGGAUCGUGCUUAAAAAUGCAAAAAAACUAACGCAUUGCCCUUUAAAAACACCCAGAGGAAUUCUAUCUUUUCCUUUAUCUACAUACACGGAUGAAGAUUUACAGAAAAAAUGGAAAAGACAGAAAGAAAUAAAGGGUAAUUAUUUACAACAUAUUAAUUUCACGUGUUCCUAUCAACACGAAUCCUCUAGUUUGGCUGCAUGGGGAAAUUCUUCCAAUCUACCCGCGAAAUUGAGAAAGAUUGCCGACGUAGAUAUAAAUAUACGCAAGACAACUGGGAGGAAUUGA